AUGCUCGGUGUACCGCCGCUCUCAGGAACUUCGCAGCGGCUUAGUAAUGGGGAUGCUCAGCCUCCUUUGGCUGAGGCACCACUCACGGUUGGUGAACAGCGGGAGGCGGCUGUUACCCCACGCACGCCCUCGGUAGACCAGCAAGCAUCGCCCAAUUGCCCACACGCAUCCUCUGGGCUGGUGGAUGCACAAGACACCCGAGGGGUAGAUGGGCGUGGGCAGGAACCAAGUGAUCCGGGGAUGGACAGGGCAGUGGCGGCGUGGGAGGCGCAACGCCGGCACUUGCAGGAGCUGCAUAAUAGGCGGCGGCGCGAGCUUCCACUUGGUGCCACGGCAACAGAGUCGCCCGGCACUCUUGGAGCUUCAGUGGGUCCUAGCAGGGCUCCACUUGGACCGCGCUUGGCACGACGGCAGGAGCUGAGGCGUUUGUUGGUAGCUGGCACGGGCGGUCGGCAAGAGUGGGCGACGGCAGAGCAGGCGGAGUCGACAGCGGGGAGGCAGGAGGUGCAGGGGGCCCUGCUGGCGGAUGAGGGCCGGAAGUGCGGGGCAGGUGGGCAGCAGGGGGUGACGGAUGCAGGCCUGCCGGAAAAGGUGCUGAGGAGGCAGCCGAGCCGUCUGGCGGAGGGCCAGCUGGGCCUGCCGACAAAGGUCCAGGGGGAGUUACUCGAGGAGGAGCAUUGGGAGCGUGGGGAACAGGGACGGAAACCAGGGAGGGAGCAACCGGAAACGCUGUCGGCGAUGCAGCAGGGUCUGCCGGUGGCUGCAGGGGAGACUAGAGACAUCAAUCCCUUCCCGAAGGCACGAACGGGGGCGUCUCUAAAGGGAUGGGCUGGAGCUGGCAAGCAGCGGUCGGGCAAUCAGCAGGAUCAGCAGGAAGAGGGCGAGUUGGGGCGGCCGCUUACGAGCCAACGUCCGGGAGGCCAGCUGGUGCGACGGCGGCCACUGUCAGGGGAACAGGGAGUGACUGCAGCACCUGAGGGCGUGCAGCAGGCAGGGGGACAGCAGGGAGUGACUGCAGCACCCCAGGGCGUGCAGCAGGCAGGGGGACGACAGGGAGUGACUGCAGCACCUGAGGGCGUGCAGCAGGCAGGGGGACAGCAGGGAGUGAUUGCAGCACCUCAAGGCGUGCAGCAGGCAGCGGGACAGCAGGGAGUGACUGCAGCACCCCAGGGCAUGCAGCAAACAGCGGGACAGCAGGGAGUGACUGCAGCACCUGAGGGCGUGCAGCAGGCAGGGGGACAGCAGGGACUGAUUGCAGCACCUCAAGGCGUGCAGCAGGCAGCGGGACAGCAGGGAGUGACUGCAGCACCCCAGGGCGUGCAGCAGGCAGCGGGACAGCAGGGGGUGACUGCAGCACCUCAGGGCGUGCAGCACGCAGGGGGACAGCUGGGGGCGAGGGCAGCACUUCAGGGCGUGCGGCAGCGGCAGCAGCAGCGGCAGAAGCGUCAGCAGCAGCAGCAGCAGCAGCAGCCCCCCCCGAUCCCUCCGGAAAGCCCCACACCGGGGGUUGCGGAGAAUUCAGCCACUCCUGACACGGCUCCACUUGCUCCAACUUGUGUCCCUUGCGAGUUCUGCUUUCACACAUUUCCGCCUGGUGGUGCGGCCUCCCGCCACAUAGUUGCAUGUAAAGCGGCAGAUGCUCAGCGGCGGGCUCAGGCCCUUACUUCCUCCCCGAACCUGAGCGAGGUCUUCGGGGCAGAUCCAGUACCUCCGCGGGAUAUCGGUGAGGAGGUGUGGGGGGCGGUGCCUUCGUGGGACUGGGAGACUUUUUUCAGUAUUCAUUCUGUGUCGGGAGAGCUUCUUCGUCGGGUCCCGCAGCGGGCGCGACUGGGGGUGCUUGAUGCAUUGUGCUGCAUUCUCAAGAGACUGAAGGCUUCCCCUGGGGAUGAGGCGGCGACGCUGAUGUUCCUGGCCUUCCCGCGCCUCAUUUUGGGAGUCCCCGCGAAGGAGGGUCUUGGACGAAGGGCAGCCAUAGUAGGGCGUCUCGGAAAGUUCUGGGCAGGGGAAUGGCAACAGCUGUUCGAGGCUGCCUCUGCCGCGUUGACUCCGGCGGCGCGACCUCUUGCCUUCUCCUUACCUGAGCGAGAUGCUGAUGCCAUCCGUUUGGCCCGAUGUCGCACGAGGUGCCAAGUGGGGGAAUGGAGUCGAGGACUAGCAUGCCUUACUGCGGGCGACUUGGCGCAGCCCUCUCAAUUAACAGUAGACCGGCUGACAGCAAAGCACCCGGCCAGUGAGGUGCCAGUUCCUGAGUGGGUGGAGCACUUUCGCAUAGACACAGUGGAUUUCGGGAUGCGUUUCUGA